AUGGUGAUGGAGAGACUCCUGCUGCUGUGUGGACUGCUGGUCCUGGCCUGCUCCGUCGCUAUACCGGCUCCUCCUGUAGUGCACGAGGUCUAUGAGAUCGGGGAGGAUGAGAACCCCAUCUUAAACAAAGGGUCGAAGGAAAACCUCAUGGAAGGCGACAUUUUAAUCCCAGGGGGGAGGAAUGCUCUGCUGGACCAGAGAUAAAGGUGGAAGUUUCCCAUUCCGUACAUUCUGGGUGAUGAUCUGGACCUGAACGCCAAAGGCUGCAUCCAUCAGGCGUUUGAGAUGUAUCGACUCAAGUCCUGCGUCGACUUCAAGCCAUACGAGGGAGAAAAGACCUUCAUCAAGUUCGAGAAGCGAGGAGGGUGCUUCUCCUCCGUUGGAGACCAGCAGGUCGGUCAGAUCUUGUCUUUGGGAACCGGCUGUGACCACAAGGCCGUCAUUGAGCACGAGCUCCUCCACGCACUGGGGUUUUACCACGAGCAGUCCCGCACAGACCGGGACGACUACGUCAACAUCUGGCUGGACCAGGUGGAGGAAGGAAAGGAACACAACUUCAAUAAAUACGAAGAUAACUUCAUCACCGAUCAGAACACGGCGUACGACUACGAAUCCGUCAUGCACUACAGGCCCUUCUCCUUCAACAAGAACGACUCCAUCCCCACCAUCACCACCAAGAUCCCCACAUUCCAGAACAUCAUAGGCCAGUACCUGGACUUCAGUGAGAUGGACACGCUCAGGCUCAACCGCAUGUACAACUGCACCGCCCCGCUCACGCUGCUGGAUCAGUGCGCCUUUGAGCUUGAGAACAUCUGCGGGAUGAUCCAGCCCUCCACCGACGACGGCGACUGGGUCCACACCAAGAGCAGCGAGGCCUCGGAGGACCACACGCUGCUGGGACGGUGCAGAGAUGCCGGGUACUUCAUGCACUUCGACACCAAGUCGGGGAAUCCUCAGGAGUCCGCCCUGCUGGAGUCCCGCAUCCUGUACCCCAAGAGGAAGCUGCAGUGCCUGGAGUUCUUCUACAAGAUGAACGGAAGCCCCAAAGACAAACUGGUGAUCUGGGUGAACACGGAUGACGGCAUGGGCGCUGUUCGCAGAAUGAGGAAGACACAAACGUUUCACGGUUUCUUUUAG